AUGGAAAUAGCCUUAGGGAUGUGGAUAGCAAAUGUGGUGGGAAUCAUAACACUACUAGGGUGGGGGUUGUGGUGGUGGAAUUAUUUUCGAUUUGCUCUACCGGUUACUUUCCAGCGUUUGAGAGGCAGAACCACGAUGAAGCUUCCUCCUGGCCACAUGGGGAUUCCAUUUUUCGGAGAAAUGCUUCAUUUUCUUUGGUAUUUUAAGGUUAUUCUUCGGCCUGAUGACUUCAUUAACAAUAAAAGAGACAAAUAUGGUGAUGGAGAAGGAUUAUACAAGAGCCAUCUCUUUGGUUCACCCUCUAUAAUUGCAUCCUCUCCAUCAGCUAACAAAUUCAUCCUUCAAUCGGAUGCAAACUUUGGCAUGGGAUGGCCUGCCACUCAAAUUAUAGGCAACAAUUCCCUCCUUUUCCUUCAAGGAUCAUCACAUGCAAGGAUUAGAGGCUUAGUUGUGAAGAUCAUUAAUCAACCUGAUGCUCUCCGCAAGAUAGCCAUUAUGGUCCAACCAAGAAUAGUUGCAGCCCUUCGACUAUGGUCAGAGAAAGGGAGAAUUGUAGCAUUGCAAGAAGCUAAGAAGGUUACUUUUGAAAAUAUUGGGAAGUACUUUUGCGGGUUCGAGCCAGGACCCCAUUUGGAUACACUUGAUCAACUAUUUGUGGGUAUGAUCAAAGGAGUUAGAAGUCAACCAAUUAAAAUUCCAGGGACUGCUUAUCAUCACGCCCUCCAGUGUCGGAAGAAAGUCAUGACAAUUUUGACCAAGGAGAUAAAUAAGAGAAAGUUUGAAGGCAAUGCUGCAAGAGCUGAGUUUGAUUUGUUGGACCAACUCUUGAACCUAAAAGAUGACGAUGGUCACCAAUUACAAGAUGAAGAGGUGCUUGAUAACAUUGUGGGCCUAAUAAUUGCUGGCUACGAAUCCACUUCACUUUCAAUUAUGUGGAUUUUGUAUUAUCUCGCCAAGUACCCUAAUGUACUCAAAAAGCUACGGGAGGAGCACAUAAAUGUUGGUACAAAUGGUGAUUUCAUUACACGUGAUGGCAUUCUGAAAUUGCAGUACACAAACAAG